AUGAAGAUGCCACCGACAAUAGUCUUAUGGUACUUCCUCACUAUCCCCCCCCUUAUCAGCCAAUAUGAUGCGCAACACUAUCUUCAGAAAGACUCUACAACCCUGGCUUCUGUACAGGACAUCACUGUACACAAACAAUCCCAAAACACCACCCCCGUACACAACUCACCCAUCCACACCUUGUCGGGCCACACCUCACCCGUCCACAACUCACCCGUCCACAACUCCCAACUCGCCGUACAGGAUUCCCAAGUCGAUCAAUCCAAUGAAGAGAUCCAAAAAUCAUCGACUCCUACGCCGUCUCCCUUGUAUGAUACAAGCGCACCUCCAUUGGAUAUGCACCUCUCUCCAGCAGACACACCCAAAGGCCCUCCUUUCCAAGACCUUCUCUUUAGUGGUGUCGAUAUCCAGUCACCCAUUUGUUCUGACCCUAUCACACCCACCCAACCGACAUAUGACUCUUCAGUAGGCCCAACUUCCCGUAGGACUUGCAUGUUCCCUUUGCCACCCCGACCUUGCUCACUAGAGAGUUCUCCUACUAAGAGUCCAACCAGCAUUUCGGGUUUUGCUCUACAUGCAGCAGGGGUUAACGCUUUUUCCGCAACCUCUACAUCCCAUUCUCGAGUAUCAGAACCAACCAUCCAUGUAGUCGAGGCACAACCAUCUGAUAACACUGACGAUGUUGAGAUAAGCGACUGUGAAGGCACUCCACAAAGGCGUAGACCCCCUUAUAUCCCCUGCAUGGAGGAAAACAACGUUGCUAAGGAGCUAUACAAAUGCAAAGAAAUCCCAGCGCCUACUCUUAUCUGUCCACUUCCCCAAAUAAAAUGUGAUCUCUUCUACAAAUCUGUUUCAAAGUUCGGAGAGGCGUAA